CGGAGCUCGAUGGCGGGGGCGGCGGGGCUUGCGACCGAAGUGAGCUGGAAGGUCCUGGAGCGAAGAGCUCGGGCCAAGCGCUCAGUUUUGAAAAUUGCUGUAGUUUAGCCUGUGACGCUUAUGAUUAGAAUCAUCAGUUUGAAAUGGCCAGCUCACCUGAUGUGGUUGUCUCCUCGCCGCCCACUUUCUUAAGGUCUGGCUCAGUAUAUGAACCUCUUAAAAGUAUUGAUCUUCCAAGACCUGAUAAUGAAACUCUGUGGGAUAAACUGGAUCAUUAUUACAGAAUUGUUAAGUCAACUUUGUUGCUGUAUCAAAGUCCAACCACAGGUCUGUUUCCCACUAAAACGUGUGGAAAUGAUCAGAAGGCCAAGAUCCAUGACAGUCUAUACUGUGCUGCUGGAGCCUGGGCUUUGGCUCUUGCAUACAGGCGCAUUGAUGAUGACAAGGGAAGGACCCAUGAGCUGGAGCAUUCAGCUAUAAAGUGCAUGAGAGGAAUUCUCUACUGCUAUAUGCGUCAGGCUGAUAAGGUACAGCAGUUUAAACAGGAUCCGCGCCCAACAACAUGUCUUCACUCUAUUUUCAAUGUGUACACUGGAGAUGAAGUUUUCUCCUAUGAGGAAUAUGGGCAUCUUCAGAUAAAUGCAGUGUCACUUUACCUCCUUUACCUUGUGGAAAUGAUUUCAUCAGGACUCCAGAUUAUCUACAAUACUGAUGAGGUCACUUUCAUUCAAAACCUUGUGUUCUGUGUAGAAAGAGUUUACCGAGUGCCUGACUUUGGUGUUUGGGAAAGAGGAAGCAAAUAUAAUAAUGGAAGUACUGAACUACAUUCAAGCUCUGUUGGCUUAGCAAAAGCAGCUCUAGAAGCAAUUAAUGGAUUCAACCUUUUUGGCAAUCAGGGCUGUUCUUGGUCAGUUAUAUUUGUGGAUCUGGAUGCUCACAAUCGCAACAGACAAACUUUGUGCUCACUGUUACCCAGAGAAUCAAGAUCUCAUAACACAGAUGCUGCCCUGCUCCCCUGCAUCAGUUAUCCUGCAUUUGCCCUGGAUGAUGAAGCUCUGUUUAGCCAGACACUUGAUAAAGUGGUGAGAAAAUUAAAAGGAAAAUAUGGAUUUAAGCGUUUCUUGAGAGAUGGAUAUAGAACAUCAUUGGAAGAUCCAAAUAGACGCUACUACAAACCAGCUGAAAUUAAGCUAUUUGAUGGCAUUGAAUGUGAAUUUCCCAUAUUUUUCCUUUACAUGAUGAUUGAUGGAGUUUUUAGAGGCAAUCCCAAGCAAGUAAAAGAAUAUCAGGAUCUUCUGACUCCAGUCCUUCAUCAGACCACAGAAGGAUAUCCUGUUGUACCAAAGUACUAUUAUGUACCAGCUGACUUUGUAGAGCUUGAAAAAAGAAACCCUGGUAGUCAAAAGCGAUUUCCUAGCAACUGUGGCCGUGAUGGAAAACUGUUUCUUUGGGGCCAAGCCCUUUAUAUCAUUGCAAAACUCCUGGUUGAUGAAUUAAUCAGUCCUAAAGACAUUGAUCCGGUUCAACGCUAUGUCCCACUACAGAAUCAACGAAACGUGAGCAUGAGGUUUUCAAAUCAGGGCCCACUGGAAAAUGAUUUGGUAGUUCAUGUAGCAGUUGUAGCAGAAAGUCAACGCCUUCAAGUUUUUCUCAACACAUAUGGUAUUCAAACACAAACGCCUCAACAGGUAGAACCCAUUCAAAUUUGGCCACAACAGGAGCUUGUGAAAGCUUAUUUCCACCUGGGUAUCAAUGAAAAGUUAGGACUCUCUGGAAGACCAGAUAGGCCCAUUGGCUGCCUUGGAACAUCAAAGAUUUAUCGCAUUCUAGGGAAGACUGUGGUUUGUUAUCCUAUCAUCUUUGACCUCAGUGAUUUCUACAUGUCUCAAGAUGUUUUACUACUGAUAGAUGACAUAAAGAACGCACUACAGUUCAUUAAGCAAUACUGGAAAAUGCAUGGACGUCCACUUUUCCUUGUUCUAAUCCGGGAAGACAAUAUAAGAGGUAGCCGGUUCAACCCCAUAUUGGAUAUGCUGGCAGCAUUUAAAAAAGGAAUGGUUGGAGGAGUCAAAGUUCAUGUUGAUCGUCUACAGACACUAAUAUCUGGAGCUGUGGUUGAACAACUUGACUUUCUACGAAUCAGUGACACAGAAGAACUUCCAGAAUUUAAGAGUUUUGAAGAACUAGAACUUCCCAAACAUUCAAAAGUCAAAAGACAACGCAGCACUUCCAAUGCUCCUGAACUGGAACACCAGUCAGAUACCCCCAUUACUGAAUGGAGAAACAAACCCACGCAUGAAAUUCUUCAAAAACUGAAUGACUGCAAUUGUCUGGCCAGCCAAGCCAUCCUGCUAGGUAUACUACUCAAAAGAGAAGGUCCCAACUUCAUCACUAAGGAAGGUACUGUUUCUGAUCACAUUGAGAGAGUCUAUAGAAGAGCUGGCAGCGUAAAGCUUUGGUCGGUUGUGCGCCGUGCAGCAAGUCUUUUAAGUAAAGUAGUGGACAGCCUGGCCCCAUCCAUUACUAAUGUUUUAGUGCAGGGCAAACAGGUAACUCUGGGUGCCUUUGGGCAUGAAGAAGAGGUUAUCUCUAAUCCUUUGUCUCCAAGAGUGAUUAAGAACAUUAUCUAUUAUAAGUGUAACACCCAUGAUGAGAGAGAAGCAGUCAUCCAGCAGGAACUGGUCAUCCAUAUUGGCUGGAUCAUCUCCAAUAAUCCUGAGUUGUUCAGUGGCAUGCUGAAAAUACGAAUUGGUUGGAUCAUCCAUGCUAUGGAGUAUGAACUACAGAUUCGUGGUGGAGACAAGCCAGCCGUGGACUUAUAUCAGCUGUCACCUAGUGAAGUGAAGCAACUUCUCCUGGAUGUUCUCCAGCCUCAACAGAAUGGAAGAUGUUGGCUGAACAGACGCCAGAUCGAUGGGUCUUUGAAUAGAACUCCCACUGGGUUUUAUGACCGAGUGUGGCAGAUCCUGGAGCGUACACCCAAUGGAAUCAUUGUAGCAGGGAAGCAUUUGCCACAGCAACCAACCUUGUCAGAUAUGACCAUGUAUGAGAUGAAUUUCUCUCUCCUUGUUGAAGACAUAUUGGGAAACAUUGACCAGCCAAAGUACAGACAAAUCAUUGUAGAGUUACUAAUGGUUGUAUCCAUUGUACUGGAAAGAAAUCCUGAGCUAGAAUUUCAAGACAAAGUAGAUCUAGACAAACUGGUUAAAGAAGCAUUUCAUGAAUUUCAAAAGGAUGAGAGUCGGCUAAAACAAGAUGAAAAACAAGAUGACAUGACUUCCUUUUACAACACUCCUCCUCUUGGAAAAAGAGGAUCAUGCAGCUACUUGACAAAGGUUGUGAUGAAUUUGCUGCUGGAAGGAGAAGUAAAGCCCAGCAAUGAUGACCCAUGUUUGGUUAGCUAGUGAGGAAGGCGU